GCCAAUCGCAGGAGCAGAGGGCGGGGCGUCGGCGCCAGCAGAUAAUUGCUAAGUGCUUCGCUAGCACAGUGGGUCCGAGCUGCUGACAGGUCUGGUCGCAGAGACGCGGACGCGUAAUCCUCAGCGUGCUCCAGCCCACGGCAUCCUUCCACUGCUCGGCAGGGCACCGGCCUCCGGGCACCGGCCCCUCCGCUCCGCGGAAAAGCCUGAUGAAGUCCUCCGAUAUCGAUCAGGAUUUAUUUACAGACAGUUACUGCAAGGUGUGCAGUGCUCAACUGAUAUCUGAAUCUCAGCGCGUGGCCCAUUACGAGAGUCGGAAACAUGCGAGCAAAGUCCGACUGUAUUACAUGCUUCAUCCCAGGGACGGCGGGUGUCCUGCCAAGAGACUUCGGUCAGAAAACGGAGGUGACGCUGACAUGGUGGACAAGAACAAGUGCUGCACACUCUGCAACAUGUCGUUCACCUCGGCUGUGGUGGCCGACUCGCAUUAUCAAGGCAAGAUCCACGCCAAAAGGUUAAAACUGUUGCUAGGAGAGAAAACACCAUUAAAGACCACAGCUACGCCCCUGAGCUCACUGAAGCCCCCGCGGGUGGAGCCUGCCCCGGUGGUAACGUCUCCCUAUCAGAGAAGAGAUUCCGACAGAUAUUGUGGGCUCUGUGCAGCCUGGUUCAAUAAUCCCCUGAUGGCCCAGCAACAUUAUGAUGGAAAGAAACACAAAAAGAAUGCAGCGAGAGUUGCUUUAUUAGAACAACUGGGGACGACCCUGGACAUGGGGGAACUGAGAGGUCUGAGGCGCAAUUACAGAUGUACCAUCUGCAGUGUCUCCCUAAACUCAAUAGAACAGUAUCAUGCCCAUCUGAAAGGAUCUAAACACCAGACCAACCUGAAGAAUAAGUAGUGAAAGCAUCAAUCAAGACAUAUGAAAACAUGUCAGCCUUUCUCUGUUGUGGAGAAUUGCCUAACCACCACCAGAGGAGGAUUCUUUCUUGAACAAUGAACAUUUCUUAGGAGGAUUCACAGAUUCACCUAACUCUUGAUUUUGGAAAGUGAAUGAGGUUUCUUUUUCUUUCUUUUUUUUUAAAGUUGGUGGUUAAGUUAUGAUAUCUGAAAGGAUAUUUUUAUUCUUUCCUGAUACCAUUUAGCACAUGUUUGAAAUCCUAAUCCUGUAGCAAACAGUCAGAACAUGAUUCAAAGUUAAAGACAGUGGAAAUAUUUCAAUUUCUAACAUAUUCUAGAUUUCCUCAGAAUACAGCUGUUCUAUUAAAUCUUCAAUGAUUGUGAUGUAAACCACGUCUAUCCAAAAAUAAACAUGAUUUUUUUCAUUCCAUUGGACAUAGUUGGGGACUACCUGCAGGAACUCGAACACAUCACUGUUAGUAGAAGAUUUAUAUCAGACAAACACCAGUCCUUCUCGUUCACCUGCCAACACAGGAGCCAGGUUGACCGUCGGAACAAUGAGAGGGAAAGCGUAAAUAAAGGAAGAAUCCUCAUCCUUUGUUCCUGAUCACUCAAAGAACCGUUUCUCAAGGUUAAGCCAAGUCCUCUUUGCAAGCUGCCAAAAAAUAGCUUAGGAAAAGAAUUAGUUUGCCUGCAUGAUGAUGCUCUUAGGCAAAACACGUCUUCACGGCAGCUGACCUUGGUGAAAUGUGCCCGGGAGGCAUCCGGAAGAAUGAUAAAGCCCAGAAUAAGAGGGAAAUAAGUAAAGACUGCUUAUGAAGUGAGCUGAAUAAUGGGGGUCAGUAAGGGAUACUGAUGAUUUGGAAAGACGUAGAGAAACUCUGAAGAAAUGGCAGCCUUGGGUAAGGUGGAGUUCCCCCCUUCUUCUGUUUCUCAUUGGAGUCUUAUUGCUGAACCAAGAUUCACUCCCCCUGGAAAGAACAUCACUGGACAGUUUGACAGACUGAAGACUGUCACUCUCUGAUGGGGGAUGUCUUUGCGAGCAACCAUAAAGUGCUUCCUCUAGGUUUAAUUUUUCUCCAUGGCGACAGGAGGGUCUUGGGAAUGGCCACAAAACUGAGCAUUGAGCUUCUGCUUAGUGAUGCGUCAGUGCGGCCGCUGGAUCUGGCUGGGCUGCCUUUAGUACUUGGUGGCCACGGGCAGUUGGUCUCCUGGUGUUGGGAUUUCUGGACAUCCAUUGUUUUCCACGGAGAGCUGAGGUGGUUACCACUCAGAGAGCAAUAAACAAAAUGACACAGAUAUGCACAGCGUUGUUAUUCAGGUGCCUGUUUUCCUGGGCUUGAAACUUGGCACCAUUCCCUUGAGGAGGGACCACUCAGGAGGGACCAGGGCUGCCAGUUUCAGUGCCUGCAGAGAGAAGCAGCCAACCCAGACACAUGCUCCCUGUGGGAAGGAAGGAGGGUUGGAUGGGAAACUCUCUGUUUUGCAGUUUUGGAAAGCACACAACAGAGCUACAAACUUCGUGAUGGCUUUUCUUUGUGUAAAAUAGGCUUUAUUUCUUCAUUCUGCUGUAAAAUAAGCAUUGUCUGAGUUUUAAAAAAUGUUUCUGUUUGUAUUUAGUGAGUGAGCUCAUGGCCUGAAGUGUUAUGUGUGUGUUUGUUUAAUAACCUAAUAUAGAAAUGCCUAUGAACAUAGGUUUCUUUUGCUUUGCAGAGAGGCUAAGCCAAACCUUUAUAGAUAUGCUUCCAGAUGUAAUAACCAGAUUAGUUCAGCAUUUCUCAUCUAGAUUCUAUUGGUCCUUGGCCACUGGCCAGUGAAAGUGAAUACGUUGUCAGAGGUCUUCGUCUGUUUUCAGAUUCCUUUCUUUAAGUGUGCCUGUGCAGCAGGAUCCAGACUUAUGUAAGAAAGGGUCAUGAAUGUGGUUUGUAUUUUGGGAAUUCUUGAAUGGACACAUCCCUAAUUGGGAAGCUAGCUAGCUGUUUAUCGUUCAUUCUUGUUUGGUUUGGUAUGGUUAAGUUUGUUUAAUUAAGAAUUCAGAGCUAACGUUCUAACUUGGUUCUGAGUGGAUGGGAGGCGGAUGUAAAAAAAAAAAAAG